AGCUGCGCGCUCUCACGUCCAGUGUUUGACAAAACCUUCUUGGUUUGACUGUGCGAGCAGAACGUGCGCGGCGGUAAUGGCUGCCAGGAAGAGUAAAGAAGACAACAAAUGAACCCCCGAGAAUCGACUCAAAGUGAGGACUAGGAUGGUAAGCAGCCAGCCGAAGUACGAACUCAUCCAGGAGGUGGGGCGUGGCAGUUACGGUGUGGUCUAUGAGGCAGUAGUGAAGCGCACAGGUGCUCGAGUGGCGGUGAAAAAGAUCCGCUGCCACUCUCCAGAGAAUGUGGAACUGGCCCUUCGGGAAUUCUGGGCCCUCAGCAGCAUCCAAAGCCAGCACCCGAAUGUCAUCCACCUGGAGGAGUGUAUCUUGCAGCGGGACCAGCUAGCCCAGAGGAUGAACCAUGGCUCCAGUUCACCACUCUACCUUGAGCUUGUGGAGACAUCUUUGAAGGGGGAGAUCACCUUUGACCCAUGCUGUGCCUACUAUUUGUGGUUUGUUAUGGACUUCUGUGAUGGGGGCGACAUGAAUGCCUACUUGCUGUCCCGCAAACCUAGCCGCAAGACCAACACCAGCUUUAUGCUGCAGCUGGGCAGCGCCCUUGCUUUCCUGCACCGUAACCAGAUCAUACACCGUGACCUCAAACCAGACAAUAUCCUCAUCUCCCAGGCCUGCACGCCGGCCGGGUCGUCCGAGCCCACCCUCAAAGUGGCUGACUUUGGCCUGAGCAAGGUCUGUUCUACUUCCGGGCUCAACCCUGAGGAGCCAGCCAGCGUCAACAAGUGCUUCCUGUCCACAGCUUGUGGAACAGACUUCUACAUGGCCCCGGAGGUCUGGGAAGGUCACUACACGGCCAAGGCCGAUAUCUUCGCCCUGGGGGUGAUUAUCUGGGCCAUGGUGGAGCGCAUCACCUUUGUGGACGUGGAGACUCAGAAGGAGCUGCUGGGGAGCUACGUGCAGCAGGGCUCAGAGAUUGUACCACUAGGAGAGGCUCUGUUAGAGAACCCAAAGAUGGAGCUGCUGAUCCCUGCCCGGAAAAAGAGCAUGAACAGCCACAUGAAGCAGCUGAUCAGGGAGAUGCUGUCGGCCAACCCUCAGGAACGUCCGGACGCCGUUGAACUGGAGCUCAGACUGGUCCGUAUCGCUUGCAGAGAGCUUGACUGGGACACGUGAUUGACGAGCAAACAUCACCACAAACUCAGCCCAUCAAGCACAUGGACACAUUCUCAUCAACUACUGUUAACAAAGAUGGUCACAUAAUGGGGAGUUACAGUUUUUAACUAGGGAACAGAGAAUAGUCAUCAUUGGUUGUAAUAUUGAUUAUACUUCAUCCACUGUUCAAAGCACCCAUGUUCUAUGUCUUUAUAUUGAAGAGGGGAGAUGUAAGGUCCGCUGCUGCUGCUCUAAACUGCAGCCUAGUCUCAGGCUAAUCACAUCACAGCUUCCACUUCCUCAUUUCACAUAUCACUCAAGCAUGAUGGAAGAGCAAAAUGACCCUAGAACUCCUGCUUUUAAUUAGAAAGGACAGUUAAACCCUUUGUCUCCAAAUGCCACCCAAGACUCGGUGCUAAUUACGAAAUGCAAUAUGAGACAUCAUCCUGUGAUUGAUUUUUUUUUUUGUUCUUCAGAAAACAUUUACCCAAAGGGCCAAUACUAAAAUCCAGUCACCUCAUCAUGUUGAAUGUUGCUAUGAAGCCAUUUGUGGCUUUGACAGAACCUGACAUAAAACUGAUUUCUACCUGGGUAUUACCACCAGCAUUACAAUCUACAGUAUUUACAUGAAGAUUGGAGUCUAUUAUGACAUCAAAUACAAAUAUGCCCUGAACGCUCAGGUAUUAAUAACAUACAGCAUGAUGGUAUUUGAAGACAAAAGUCAACUGUCGAGGGCAGUUUUGCUUAUUGGUGCUUGAAGGUAACUUUUUUCCCCUGACAGCUGCUUUAUUGGUGCAUGGGUGGAGGACUUUUUUUCUUCUUCUUUUUUUUUUAAUCAGCAAGUGUCAAGCCAGCAGGGGCUUGUGGUUGGGAGUAUCUGCAUGUUGCAAACAUUAAGAUAAAUUGACUGGUUCCAGACACACGCCUGACCAAUUGACCAGAAUGUAUAACGAUGGAGAGUGGUCCCCUUUAUUUACAUAGAGCCUUAAACACUUUCAGCCAUGAAGCACUUAAUCCAGUCAGUGAGGCACAGAGCCUAAAGGAUCAUUCAGGUUAAUUACAAGUUUGUCCCAAUUUUUGUGGAUCUCCCUGAAACCCCUUUUAGACUGGAUUUCUGACAUUUUAGCUUCACUUUAUUAUUAAAGUGUCAUUUAGGCAUGGGUAAUCUUUACACUGAUGUGACCUGACUUUAGACAGAUAUCAGGGACCGGUACAGAAAAAGGACAAGACAGGGUAAGAAGUUACAUUUAAUAUUUGAGGCUCUUGUGAUAAAGCUGGUUGGUUAUCCACAUUGCAGAGGACGAACAGAUCUCUGAUCAGUCUAAAGGCAUUGUUCCUAAUUAUGUACAUUGCACUGUUUAAAAAAAAAAUGCCACUUUUAAACAAUGUCUGGGAUUAGGCUGCUGUCAUGGUUUGUCGGCACGUUAUAUGCAAUCAUUUUAAUGCAUCUAAAUGUGUGCAAGCCUGACGGUAAACUUAAUUGUAAUCAAUCAGACCGAUUCGGUAUUGAAAGUCAUGACAAGCGACACAGAUUUUGAAUAUAAUAUAUUCUGUAAUCAGUUGCAAGAAACUUAGUUUAACUUUCAGUACUCAAAAGCAAUGGUGCAUGAAUACGUGUAUGAUAAAACACUGCAUUAUUAUAGCACUUACUGAGCAUUCAGAGUGAUCGAGUACAAUGUCAUCUGUGAGAACCUGCACUGAAUUUUUUGGGGGGCGGGGGCUCCUUUUAAACAACUAUGUAAAUUUCAGCUUGUGCCACAAAAAAAAGUAAAAAUCGAAAACCAAACUGGCCAUUUAAUAAGUUUUACAUAUUCUUAAAAACUGCAGAAACAUGCAAAUUCCUAAAUUAAUUCUCCAGGUUAGUGCACAGAACGUUUUGUACAAAUAAUAAAAAACAGUAAUAAAAAAGGGAAGACUUUAGAACGGAACAGUUUAGGGCUGCAACAAUCAACUAUUUUAGUAAUCAAGUAUUAUAUUGAUUAUUCCAUCGAUUAAUUGACAAAUUGGAUAAGAUAUACUUGUUAAUGAGCAUUAAUUAAUAUUAAAAAGAGGGGAAAAAACUGCAUAACUGCAUACAUCUGUCCCCUCUGUACCAAACAAUUGCUAGUAUUAAAGGCAGCACUAGCUAGCAGACUGUGGUCAUAGCGAUCCGUUGUGGUAGCUAACGCCUGAAUAACGGGGGGGGGGGGGGGGUCUGCAUUACAUUUUCAAAGAGGUGAACAUGAAGCUGUAGCCCAGGAUAAUUAGCAAAGAAUCACAUCUGAGCCUUAUCAGCUGGUUACUGGUCAUAGCCAGUCAGCUGAAAGUAGUCCAAUUACAGUCAACUACCAAUCAAUUUGUGGCCUCUGGUGUCUACAACUAAUUAUGUCAGCAAACGCAGGCACUGCAGAUCAACUUGUAAUGCCAGCCAAAGUCAUUUAGAUAUAAAACUGCCACACUAAGGUAUAGUAUUAAAUAUUUUGUAACAUUUGGAAAAUCAGCUUAGUGCUCCUUCUUUAGUAAAUCAGUAAAUCAGAGUCUAUAUAGUAUCUCAUAUUCCAACCUGUAAUUACAGGUGCUCACGUUGAGUUUUACCCUCAAAAAGUGGUUUUCUGAAUAAGCUGUUGGCACAUUUACAAACUAUUUAUUGUGACUGACACAGAUGGAACACAGCCAUCAUUAAUGGUAAUGAUUACUUCUGUUCUUACCUACUUUGGUAUGUCUGUUUUUUGAUGACCUGAGCCAGGGCAGGGUUAUCAUAGCCAAUAGAAAUAAUGUCCAUAAUAAUGAAAAUUCAUCCCAAAUUGUAAUAAAUCAGAAUGAUCCUUCAGAAAGAACCAAGCUGGAACUUUGUGGAGCGACUCCCCCGCAUGUGCUAAGCAAAUAAACUUGACACAAAUCCCAGUGUUGCUUAGAAAAAUCAAUUAUGUGAAGUUAGAGCUGCUCAUGUUCUAAUAGUGGUGACAUAAGUACUCACACAUGUUCAGACCUGAUUUGUAAAAGGGGUGAUGAAUGGAGCGAAGCACUUUUUUUUUUCUUUCUUAAUAGUUUAUAUUGUUCAUAACUACCUACUGCAUUAUGUGGUGGAGCUGUCUGAGUCUGGAUUGGGUGUGAUAACCACGUAGGUCUUUGUUUACCAGGCUGAGCACAAUGUCAGCCAGCGCUGUUAGUUAUGCACGCUGCACCUCUCACCUUCAGGGAAGAAGCAAGAGAGAACGUCAGCAGAUGCCAUCCUCCAUGAGCCGGAGGAUGUUCUGCUUUUUCUCUUUUCUUUGACGCAUAAUUCUGUUGUGUGUUGUAUGUGUUUAACUUGAUCUCCUCUCACUGUGUCACUGCUCCUCAUUUCCUUUGGCUCUGGGUCUUACAGUAAUCCUUUUCUUCAUGCUCCUGACAGGCUAAUUCUAAGCCUAUUAAGCUGUUGCAGCACUUGGCACAGGAUCAUGCUCGGGACCCCUUUUGCCUUUCAGGUCAUACAUAAUGCCUGCGCUUCUCCUUUUUUUUUUUUUUUUUUUUUAAAAGACCUUAAAAGUUCACAAAUCUUGGAUUGCUUCACAGCUCUCAAACUGGCAGAAAAUCCCCACCUCCAAGCUUGUUGCACUUUUUUUUUUGCUAGAUGACCU